UUUCUCCCUUAUCCUGUUCAGCCACGCUCAACCACGCUUCAUAUUUCGUUACAAGACCCACAAGCCACACGCUGAUUAAUGUAUAUAAAUGCGUUCGUGUCCUGACCCAUGUUCUAGUUACAUUUUAAUUCUCUCAAUUCCGCCCCAGUAUUUAGUGUGCGAGCAAAUUUGAAUUGCGGGGGUCCUGAAGUCUGUUGUAAAGUUGCAAGGAGCGAUGGUGACGAUGACAAUGACAGGGGCUGCCUUGGGAGGGUGCACGGCGAAAAUUACUGCGCAGAGCAGCUUCUGGGGCGAAAGGCAGCGCUCUGUCAAGGUCUCCGCCACCACGAGUGGAAGGGCGGCGAUGCCAGCAAUUGAGGCAACUCACCGUGUUGAUAAGUUCUCAAAGAAUGACAUCAUCGUUUCGCCCUCUAUCCUAUCAGCUAACUUCGCCAAGUUGGGAGAGCAGAUCAAGGCUGUGGAAAACGCCGGAUGCGACUGGAUCCACGUUGACGUGAUGGACGGGCGCUUCGUACCCAACAUCACAAUUGGCCCUCUUGUUGUGGACGCUAUUCGUCCCGUCACCGACUUACCUCUUGACGUCCACCUGAUGAUUGUUGAACCGGAGCAGCGUGUCCCAGACUUCAUCAAGGCUGGUGCUGACAUAGUUUCCGUGCACUGCGAGAACGCUUCAACUAUUCACUUGCAUCGCACCAUCAACCAGAUCAAAAGUUUGGGAGCUAAGGCCGGAGUGGUGCUGAACCCUGGAACAUCUCUGUCUCAAAUUGAAUACGUUCUAGAUUGUGUGGAUUUGAUCUUGAUCAUGUCUGUCAACCCUGGAUUUGGUGGACAGAGCUUCAUCGAAACCCAAGUAAAGAAGAUCGCCGACCUCAGGAAGUUGUGCGCUGAGAAGGGUGUGAACCCAUGGAUCGAGGUGGACGGUGGCGUUACCCCAAAGAAUGCUUACAAGGUUAUUGAGGCUGGAGCCAACGCCCUGGUAGCGGGAUCCGCAGUCUUUGGAGCUAAGGACUACGCUGAGGCUAUUAGCGGAAUCAAGGCGAGCAAGAGGCCCCAGGAGGCUCCCGUGGCAGCUUAAAUUGAAUCAAUCAAGUCGGCAACGCGUCUUAACAUGAACAGGAGGUUUAGUUUUUUGUACUGGCAGAUUCCCGCGCUAGGAUGAAUUGGCCGACCUGGAGUUUUGUACCAUUUAGAUUCUGCAGCCAAGGUCUAGACACCGUUGGCUUGUUGAGGGAAUUCGGUGUAAGAUUAUUGUCUCUCCUAAUAUAGAUCAAUCUCUUUCUCUCUCUCCUCUCCCAGCUAAAUCUGUAACUUUUCCAUUCUUAAUCAUUUGAUUUUUCAACGUGA